CGAAGGUUCAUCGCGCUACCGAGAAACGAAACGGAUGAACAUUGUUCAUCGUCAUUUUGCAUGGGAAAAAAUCGUCGAGUUCAAUUCGAAUUUUUGUAAUUGCAUUAACUUUUAUACGAUAUAGCUAACGGUAGACGCAUAAGAAUCAACAAAUUUGUGCCAUUUUGUAAGCAAAUUAAGUGUCGAAUUCGUGCUGAGUGUUGUGAAAUCACCAUAAAUUAACUUCCAAUGACGACGAUUCGCAAGAAAUUGGUAAUUGUCGGCGACGGUGCCUGCGGUAAAACUUGCCUUCUGAUUGUCUUCAGCAAAGAUCAGUUCCCCGAGGUCUAUGUGCCCACCGUGUUUGAGAACUAUGUGGCCGACAUCGAGGUGGACGGCAAACAGGUGGAGCUGGCCCUGUGGGAUACGGCCGGGCAAGAAGACUACGACAGACUACGACCGCUGAGUUAUCCCGACACUGACGUCAUACUGAUGUGUUUCUCAGUGGAUUCACCCGAUUCGCUAGAAAAUAUUCCUGAGAAAUGGACCCCAGAGGUCAAGCACUUUUGUCCAAAUGUUCCAAUCAUUUUGGUAGGAAAUAAGAAAGAUUUGCGAAAUGAUCCCAACACAAUUCGGGAUCUCGCAAAGAUGAAACAGGAGCCGGUGAAGCCGCAGGAGGGUCGCGCCAUGGCCGAGAAGAUUAAUGCCUUUGCCUAUUUGGAGUGCUCGGCCAAGUCCAAGGAGGGUGUGCGAGAUGUUUUCGAGACGGCAACUAGGGCCGCGCUGCAAGUCAAAAAGAGGAAGAAGACCAGAUGCCUUUUGCUCUAAAAGAGCAAAUCAACAACAUGAAAAUCUUUACCACACACACAGCAAAACAACAACAUACACACACUCACACACACGAACACACCUUUUACAACAAUAACGAGCUGAAGAACCACUCAACAACAUCGGAUACAUGAAGCUGCACCACCCAACAAACAACAAAAAAGCGAGCGCUAGAGAAACAUCAGAAGCAGACGCGGUAGCAGAAACAGAACAAAAGCCACACAAGAUCGGUCGGUGGUGGAGGGAGCAGCGCGGUAGAAUGAGACCCCAGGAGAAUGUCAAAUGCGGAUUUGAUUUUAUAUACAGUCUAGUGUAGUUAUAAACCGAAGUAAACAACAGUAAUAACUAUGGCAUUAUUAUUUGUAACCCUAGGGCAGAGAGCAGAUCGAUCAGUCAGCCACUGCAAGCAAAUAUAUAUCGAUAUAUGUAAACAUAUUCAAGUUGUGUCCGUUUCUGUCCAACCCUCCUACGCCUCCUAAUCGAUGUAAGUUUCGUGAUUGUCCUUCUUUGUUGUCAAGUGUAGCCGGCCAGCAGCUGUGGCAGGAUUAGACUGUGUGCGCGUGUGAGGGUAAGGCAGGUGAAGUGAAUCGGUGGAAUCAGAAUCAGCCGUUGGACCCCAAUGGGUCCCAGCGAGCUAAGGCGACGUUAAGGAGCGAGGAAUUAGGAUCAAGUUGAGGACGAAAGUAAUAUUCCCUUUAAAUCUAUCAGAGACCAGGCCGCCAAUAGUCGAUGCAAGUAAAAGAAACUACAUUACAAGAACCGAACUAAACACAAAACAAAAACAAAACGAUAAAUGUUUAUUUAAACUAAACGUAAGCCACAAAUGAGAUGCAUUCAGUUUUCGCGUGGGAGAGAUGCUAUAGAAGGGAGAACAAUUUUGAUGAAGUGAAACUAUUUCGAGCGCAUUAAGCGAGUUUUUAAUAUUUGUACUUUGCAUUAAAACGAGUGGAAAACAUAAAAAAAGAUACUACAAAACAAACAAACAACCAAACUAUAUGAUGAGUAUUUUAUGAUUUUAUAAAAUACGAAUAUACAUAUAAUUAUACUAUACAGUACAUAUGAAUGUGUGUAUGUCUCUUUUUUGUAUUUUGUACCGUCGUCAAUCGUGUAAUUCUCACACAGAAGUUGAAAAACUCGGAAGAUGCAUCAGAUACAACCAAACUAUAUUAUACUUAUGAAUAAACAGUACAUUUGAUCUACUCUUGGUUUAA